AUGGCGAGCGAUAACUACACCCGUGAGGAGGACAAUCUUGAGGAUGAAGAGCUCGAUGAGACCAGCUUCAAAUCGGUCAAAGAUGCUGUUCUCUUUGCUAUAGAUAUCAGCAGCUCGAUGCUGACACCCCGGGCAUCGCUUGAUCCCAAGAAACCUGUUGAGGAAUCACCUGCGUCUGCCGCCUUGAAGUGUGCAUACCAUCUGAUGCAACAACGCAUUAUCUCCAAUCCUCAUGACAUGAUCGGCGUCUUACUCUAUGGCACACAAUCAUCCAAGUUCUACGAUGAAGAUGAAGAGAGUCGCGGCGAGCUGUCAUACCCGCACUGUUAUCUCUACACGGACCUGGAUGUUCCAUCUGCCCAAGAAGUCAAGGAACUACGAUCUCUAGCUGAGAUGAAAGAGGAAGCGCUGGAGAUCUUGAAGCCAUCAAGUGAGCCGGUUUCGAUGGCUAAUGUGCUUUUCUGCGCAAAUCAAGUCUUUACUUCCAAGGCUCCAAAUUUCCUGUCUCGGCGGUUGUUUAUCGUGACCGACAACGACAAUCCACAUGCAGAUAACAAGGCAUUGCGGUCUGCUGCAACGGUUCGAGCGAGAGAUUUGUAUGAUCUGGGCGUCAACAUUGAGCUUUUCCCUAUCUCUCAGCCAGACCACGAAUUCGACACCUCUAAAUUCUAUGAUGACAUCAUCUACAAAACAUCCCCCAGUGACGGAGAUGCCCCGGCAUACUUGCAACCAGAUACCAACGUGUCCACCGCCAAAGGUGAUGGACUUUCACUGCUCAAUUCUCUCUUAUCCAGCAUCAACUCGAGAUCCGUCCCCCGGCGCUCCCUGUUUUCAAACGUGCCCCUCGAGCUGGGCCCCAAUUUCAAAAUAUCCGUCAAUGGAUACCUACUCCUCAAAAAGCAGGAGCCCGCACGGAGUUGCUUCGUCUGGCAGGGAGGCGAGGCUCCUCAAAUCGCCAAAGGCGUCACCACUUUAAUGGCCGAUGACACAGCACACACUGUCGACAAAGAGGAUAUCAGAAAAGCCUACAAAUUCGGCGGUGAGCAAGUCUCAUUCACAAUCGAAGAACAGCAGGCAUUGAGGCACUUUGGCGACCCAGUGAUCAGAAUCAUUGGCUUCAAGCCACUGUCAGCGCUGCCGAUCUGGGCCAACGUUAAACACCCAUCGUUCAUCUAUCCCUCCGAAGAAGACUACAUAGGCUCAACCCGAGUCUUCUCUGCGUUGCAGCAGAAACUCCUCGAGGCUGAGAAAAUGGCUUUGGUCUGGUUCAUUCCUCGCAGGAAUGCGUCACCUGUCUUGGCUGCUAUGAUUGCUGGAGCUGAGAAGAUCGAUGAGAAUGGUGUACAGAAAAUCCCACCGGGCAUGUGGAUUAUCCCUCUUCCCUUUGCGGAUGAUGUUCGCGAGAAUCCGGAGGCUACCUUGAAUAAGGCGCCUGAUUCGUUGAUUGAUUCUAUGCGUAUGGUUAUCCAGCAGCUACAGCUUCCAAAGGCUGUAUACGAUCCUUCAAAAUACCCCAACCCUUCACUUCAAUGGCAUUAUCGCAUUCUGCAGGCCCUUGCCCUGGAAGAAGAUAUGCCCGAAAGCGCAGAGGACAAGACCAUCCCCAAAUAUCGACAGAUCAACAAGCGCGCGGGUGAAUAUGUCCUCGCAUGGGCCGAGGAACUAAAAGCCCAGUCAUCCAAAAUGUUCGGCGGAACCGCGGCUACAAAAUCAACCCUGGUGAAACGAGGUGCGAAGGAGGAAAAUGCUGAAAGUCACCCGUCAAAGCGGGUGAAGGUUGAGGGUGGUGGCAACGACUUGGAUAAUGAUGUCAAAAGAGCCUCUGAAAAGGGCACCGUGUCCAAGUUGACCGUGGCCGUUCUUAAGGAGUUCUUGACUGCGCAUGGCCGAGCUACUGCGGGCAAGAAGGCGGAUCUGGUGGAACGAGUUGAGCAGUACUUUGAAGAGAAGUUCUAA